UAGUUUUGAAGAAUUUAAUCACGAAGAAAGUUACAAUCAAGUGAUUUUUUAAGUAAACUUAUUUAUCUACAUUGAAAAAUUAUUUUUAGAAGAUAGAAUGAUUCUUUGGGGAAUUUUAUCACAAAAAAAGUUAGGCUCCUUUGAACAUUACUUGACCGUUAUAUAUUCUGUAGAAGACACAAACAAGCGUGAUAAAAAGUGACAGUAGGUCAAGAGAGAUAAGACAUACUUGAGUGAUUCAUAAGUUCUCGAGAUCUGUGUCACUUUACUCGGUUAAGAUGUGCAAGCGAGGCAAGCAGUUCUGCGAAAUGAAGACAAUCGCGCUUUCGAUCAUUUUGAUCUCUGUGCAAAUUCUUCAAGUAGUACCUCUCGCGGUUGCACAGUCAAAAAUUCGUGGCAGUUGAUUCGUUCGAGAAGCGUGGAUGAAUCAUUUUGCAUUAACGCCUCGAAUGACUGACGUAACAUCUCAUCUGCACUACUUCUGAAUUACAAUGGAUCAAUCGACACUCGGCUAAAUUGCGAAGCCCGUCAUCGGGCUUGCUUUAUGAGAAGGCAGAAAAAAGGAGAGAAAAACAGAAACACGACCGAAAUAGACGAUGAUCGGACGAGGCAAUUGACGUUAAUUUCUGAAAAACUGAAAUAAUUAAUCUUCAUUUGCGUUAACGUUUUUCGUCUGUCUAUCCUCGCUGAGCAAGUCGCCGUUGUGAAGGACUAGCGCCAUGAAUCAAAUUAAAGCACACAGAAGCCCGCACCCACCAUAUGUUUCUCACUUGCGGGCUAAUAUCUCGCGCAAACAAUGUAAAUAAACCGCUAAGACGCGUUAUCCGGCAUAUAAAAAUGAAGCGACGGCCGGGCGUGAUCCUCAGUACGUAAGAUCCACGGCGGUAGUGACGGUGGCAGUUCGGGAUCGCGUUGUAAUUAUUCCGGCGAUUACCUUCGUACAAUAAAGACUACCGUGAAGCGCUUCCUGAAUCGCUCGCCUGAUGCGCGUUAAUUCCAUCUCGAGAGUCGCGAGUUUAUUAUUGCGUCGCGCUGUUGCCCGCACCUAGCGCGGAUGUAACGUUGCAAAGUCCCCUCGAUCAGACUACUAAAGGUCAGUUGCACCCAUGACUUUGAUUGACUAAUUAUGAGCGGUGAUCUCUCGCCUUCGUUUCUGGAUCAUAGCUUCAAAGAGAAAAGAAGGGAUCAGAAAUUUUCAGUCAGAAAAAUUAGAAAAAUUAGAACACUGAAUGGAAUACAUAUGAAGAGUUGCACACAUAUAUAGGAAAAUUUAAAAAUCUAUAGCAUACAUUGGACAAUAAAUUAUGUAUAAAUUAUUUAUGUUCCACGAAUGGUUUCACUUCUCUCGAGUUAAUUAGUGUAACAAGUGAUAUUGAUUCUAAUAGACAACGAAAACGGUCGUUGCUCUAAGCGGCUCUAGAGAGGCGUCUACUCAAUUUCCCAUCUGAGAGCAACUUGGAUGAUUUAGGAUCGAUCACGCUAUCAAUUAACGCCAACCGUCGUUGAUUAAAUUCCGUCAUCGUAUCACCUGCACCAGCAGCCAAGCGCUAUGAUCUAGAAAGGGACGAGGGUUAAGUUAGUUAAUCAACGACGUCGGUGAAAUUGACUCUCAAUUUGCCGCGUAUAGCUCUAAUCGACACGCUGCGACCUGCUCUAACGCGCGGACCAAGUUGCCGGAUCAGCCAGCGCGCGUGUCCAACGUGAAUUAAAGACGAUCGAAGCCACUGUAGUAUCCGGUGUAAUUUUCGAUGAAUUCGCGUCCACGGUGCCGUAGACGCGCGUACUCGCAACAAUAGAGACGCGACUGAGAGGACCGAAUAGAAGACUGAUUCAUCGCGCUCUAAGAUAAUCUCACAUUCAGAGCAACAUUCGAGCAGAAGUAAGAGAAGUACACUUGGCUUCAAUGUGACUUCAACACUUUCCCCCUCGAUGCAGUUUGGAACGUAGCCGAUAGUCCAAUGAGGGAAUUUAUUUUUGCCUAAUUCCCAGAAAUCGAGUUGUUUCAUUAGGCCAUUGGGAGUGUUCCAAACUGCGCCGAGAGGAAAACGUCCAAACCAUAUUGGGAAGCAAGUUAUGCAAACCGGCGUAAUAGCUAAGUAGAGUUACAUCAUUUUAGUGUCCCUCAUAAGAGAUACAUUAUUUGAGUCAAAAUUACUUUCGAUGUCAGUAUUCCAUCUAAUUCCUACUUUGAUAGCUCUGAAGUCUGUAUCAAUCUCUUUUGAUUUUAUUUGAUUUACUAGCUUUGCCGAAUAGUCUCUCUUUAGAACUGGCACUUUCUGUUAUUUAGAGAUUCUAAAUAGGACUUCAGUUUUCAUGCGUAUUAGACACAUUUUUCAAAAUAUACAAAUGUUAGAAGGUUCAGAAGGUAAAAUAGGGCUAAAAUUUUGGAUAUGCUCUAUAUAUUAUGCUCUAUAACUUUCUAUGUCAAGGCUAUUAUGUCAGUCUGUGUACACUCGUCACACAGGAAUAUAACAAAGAAAAAAUAAGAGAGAGAGAGAGAGAGAGAGAGAGAGAGAGAGAGAGAGAGGUGAAUUGUUCUCUUUGCGUCUAUGUACGUGGCAUCGACAAUCGCAUCUCAUCCGAAUUACACCGGUUAACCGAUCAUCCUGAUAUCAAAGCCUUGUUUCCUGAGCUGCGUAUUCUCUCGUAACAAGAGAGAGAGAGAGAGAGAGGGGAGAGGAAAAGGAGAGAUAGACCGAGGAAGAGAGCGAUGCGCUGCGCAUCUAAGCUGCUCGCGAAGCCGGCAGGUCUCGUAAUCCAGGGACUGCAAUUCCGGCGUAUCGUCCCAGAGGCGUUCGAGGAUGAUCUCUCUACGUGCACCAGCUUCGACGACGGGGACGCGGACGACCCGAGCGAUUAUCGGCAGCCCAGGAGGCCGCAUUGGGCGAACAAGGUGCAAUUCGUGCUGGCCUGCAUCGGCUACUCCGUCGGCCUCGGCAACGUCUGGAGAUUUCCUUAUUUGUGCUACAAAAGCGGCGGCGGUGUGUUCCUCGUGCCUUACUUUUUAAUACUCAUAGUAUGUGGAGUACCAUUGCUGUACAUGGAGCUCAGCAUCGGACAGUUCACUCGUCGCGGCCCGAUCGGCGCGCUGGGUCAAGUGUGUCCGUUAUUGAAAGGAGCUGGCUUAUCCUCGGUCGUGAUAUCGUUUCUGUUGUCAACCUACCACAAUGUGAUAAUAGCCUACGCAAUUUAUUACUUCUUUGCGGCAUUCCGUGCGGAGCAACCGUGGUCGCGUUGCGACAACUCGUGGAAUUCGCCGCGCUGUUGGCUGCCCAGUUAUGGAUCGAUCGAUAAUCGGACUCGACCGAAUUCGACGAGGACGCCGUCCGAGGAAUUCUUCGACAACAAGGUCCUGCAAAUUAGUAAUGGAAUCGAAGAACCGGGAGCUCUGAGAUGGGAGCUCGUGGCGUGCUUGAUUACCGCGUGGAUCAUGGUAUACUUCUCUAUUUGGAAAUCGAUUAAGUCGUCGGCGCAAGUGAGAUAUCUUACAGCGACUCUUCCCUUCCUUCUAAUCGUGGUCUUCCUUACACGUUCCCUCACACUGGAAGGUGCCGAGAAAGGUCUGCAGUUCUUCUUUCAUCCGCGCUGGGAAUUGCUGGGCGACGCUAAGGUCUGGAUAAACGCCGCGGCACAGGUCUUCAAUUCUGUGGGAAUCGCCUUCGGAUCGAUGAUAUGCUUCGCCAGUUACAACAGGUUCCAUAACACGAUCCUGGUGGACACUGUCGCCGUGUCGCUGAUAAACGCUUUCAGCAGUCUCUUGGUUGGGAUAUUCUCGUUUGCCACAAUCGGCAAUAUAGCGCUGGAGCAAAACACGUCCGUUGAAGAUGUCCUGACUGACGGACCUGGGCUGGUUUUCGUAAUCUAUCCGCAAGCGUUAGCCAAGAUGCCGGCUUCGCAGCUGUGGGCUGUGCUAUUCUUCUUCAUGCUGGUUUGCCUCUCGCUGAACAGUCAAUUCGCCGUAGUGGAGGUUGUCGUCACGUCGAUCCAGGACGGCUUCCCGAAUUGGGUGAAACGUCAUCUUCUCUGUCACGAGAUAUUGGUCCUGCUCAUAUGCGUCGUGUCGUUCCUGUUCGGGCUACCGAAUAUCACGCAGGGUGGUAUUUACUUUUUCCAACUGAUAGAUCACUAUGCCGCGUCCAUGUCCAUCAUGUUUUUGGCAUUCUUCGAGAUAAUCGCGAUCUCGUGGCUCUACGGCGUGCGCCGGCUCUGCAACAACGUCAAGGAGAUGACCGGACGUUUGCCCUCGGUGUACUUCCGCUUCUGUUGGUUCCUCGCCGCACCCCUCCUCAUAAUGGCUGUUUGGGUGUUCAGCCUAAUUGAUUAUGAGCCGCCAACCUACCACAAUGGCGAUUACGUUUAUCCAUGGUGGGCAGAGGCAAUCGGAUGGGGCAUCGCGUCUCUCUCCUUAAUUUGCAUUCCCGCUUUUGCUGUUUGCGUACUCGUCAGAGCGGAUGGCAUCACGUUUGCCGAGAGACUCAAGAAUUCCAUCAAACCGCACUUUGAAGCGUGUAAAGUGUGUGGGCAGGAGUACUGCAUAGAGCCCUUGCACAAUCUGGAGGACGACGUACAAAAGGAACCCCAAGUUGACAUGAACACUUCAAUACCGUUGAAUUCGCACUACCUGCUGAAGCCUCAGAUGUGAUAACGUAACGCGCAAGAACGUUCCAUUUUCUACGGUUAUACUUAAUCGUACCCACGAGCCGAGAUUUCAUGAAAGAGAGAAAGAGAGACAAAGAAUCGAAAAAAAGAGAUACGUACCGUCAGUCAUCACAGCAGCUGUCGCGAGACAACCGACAUUCCAUUAUUUAUAGCUCCUUAUAAAUACAGUAAUUAGUUGCGAAAGUCAUUAAUGUAAGAAAGUAUCCGUUACACUGAUGUUAUUACUUUUCACAAAGUAAUGAUAUUAAUACUCUUUGCGCCAUCAUCGUGUGAUAGACCAUAGACAAGCACUGAUUCGAGGUAGGAUUACAUUGUUGACAGUAAGUUUAAUAAAUUAUUAUGUAUCGCGUCCAAGAAAAGAAAUGUGUUUGCCUGCUUCUCCUUCCCCAUCUCAUAUCUUUUUUUACGAAAAUAAAAAAUAAUACAUUCAAAAAAUGUUCCUGCAGUCAGUGCAAAAAUUAUAUCUAAAAAUAAGAGCUAAAAUAGAUAUAAAUGACUAGCAAACACUGCAAUAUCGCGUGUAGUUUUGUAGUUAAUCAAUACAGAUAGCAGAGAAAAAUAGAAUUUUUAUCUGAACCACUUG